GACCGGCUAAAAUCUCCCCAAAGCCCUAGCCCCCCAAGACCAGCCGCCGUGCCGUGCCGUGCCGUUCCGUUCAUUGUCGUCGCCGCCGACGACCCAAUCCCCUCCACCCCCCGCCGUUCCGACCCUCCCCGCCGCGUCGCCGCCGCCGCCACCCCCUCCUCCUCCCCCCCGGGGCAUCGCGUGGCGCGCUCCUGCCGUCCCCACCCCGCCGCCGAGCCUCGGGGUGCGAGCUAGGCCGUGUCCGACCGGCGGUCCUCCGGCUCAAAUCCCACGCCCGGAUGCGCGGCGUCUAGAUCCACAUGCUCCUGUGGCGCCGCAAAUGCGUCGCCGAGUGCCGCAGGCACGCCCGAGCCCCGCCCGCGGCGCAGCCAUCCCCGCCCCCUCGCCGCCGCUUCUCCGUGCUCGCCGCCUGGGCGCACCAGCCGGACGACGACGCCACCUCGAGCGGCGAGGAGAGGCCCAGCUGCGCUCCCCCCGGCGAGGCUUUCUGGAGAAGGGGCUGCGCUCCGGGUGAGAUUGCCCGGAGGAGGAGCUCUGUUCCGAGCCUGAGCUCCGCCGGCGUCAUCAGGGCUCUCCAGCGCCUCGAGGGGAAGCCCGCCGUCGCGUUCGCCUACUUCAAGGACACCGAGGGCAUCGGCUUUCGCCAUGACCUCGCCACCUACGCGGAGAUCAUCCGCGUUCUGUCACAUAAGGGCCGGGGGAGGAUGCUGUUCUCCUUGUUCGGUGAGAUCCUCUCGCCGGCAGAUGGCCGCGGCGGCGGCCCUGAGAUCGUGCCGCUCAUGGAUCAGCUCAGAAGGACGUGCACUACUUCGGAUGCUCUCUUGUUUGCAACAGACUGCUUGAUCACAACGUGCACCACUUGUCGAAGCGCACCGGAUACAGUAGGGCUGUUUGGUGACCUCUGUAGGCUUGGAAUCGUCCCUGCAGUCUGUACUUGCAACAUACUUCUCAAAUUUGCAGCUGAGAGCGGUGACUCGGAGAUUGUUGUAUCAGCUUACGAUCAACUUAAGGAAUUUGGAUUGACCUUGGAUGCUCACGCGUUAGGCCUUAUCACUAGGCCUCUCUUUCAAGAAAAGAAGGCAGACAAAGCAUUCCAAGUGUGGGUGGAGAUGAUUGAAAUGGGGGUGAAACCAGAUGUAAGUGCAUACUCAUCAUUUAUAACUGGUCUGUGUGAUUGCGGAAAGGUUGAUUUGGCUUAUGCGAUUCUGCAAGAGAUCAACAGGGAGGGGAUUCAAGUUGAGGCCAUGGCUUAUAACAUGGUAAUGGAUGGGCUAUGCAAGGAAAUGAGACCGCAGGAGGCUGAAAUGCUCUUGGAGAACAAGACCAGACAAGGGUUCACACCAGAUAUAUAUGGUUAUAGCUAUCUCAUUCGGAGUUAUGGCAAAGCGGGCAACCUACUCAAGCUGUUGGACCAUUAUCAAGCCAUGGUAUCCCAUGGUUUCGAAACAAAUUGCCACAUUGCGGGUUAUCUUCUACAAUGCUUUAUGAAGUUAGGCAUGACAUCUCAAGUUACAGAGCAUUUCCAGAAACUCAGAGAUUCGGGACUCCAUCUGGAUGGCGUUUUGUAUAACAUUGCUAUGGAUGCUUAUUGCAAGGAUGGGAACGUGGAUGAGGCGGUUAAGCUACUGAGAGAAAUGAAGGUCGAGGGUCUGACACCUGACAGAAUUCACUAUACAUGCGUGAUCAAGGGUUAUUGUUUGAAGGGAGAUGUACCAAAUGCACGUCAAGCAUUUGAAGUGAUGCUGAAGGCCAAUGUAAAGCCAGAUGUGGUUACAUAUAACAUACUGGCCAGUGGAUUUUGCAAGAAUAGUCUUGUUACGGAGGUGUUUGACCUUCUAGACCAUAUGGCAGAUCAAGGGUUAGAGCCUAAUUCACUCACUUAUGGUAUAAUAAUUGAUGGGUUUUGCAGAAGUGGCAACCUUAGUGAAGCAGAGGUGUUAUUUAAUAUAGUAGAGGAGAAAGGAAUCGAUCGCAUUGAUAUUUUGUACAGUUCAAUGGUUUGUGGCUAUUUGCAUUCAGGCUGGACUGAUCAUGCUUACAUGCUUUUUCUUAGGGUUGCUAAGCAAGGAAAAUUUGUGGAUCGUUUCUCAUGUUCAAAGUUGACGAAUGACCUUUGUAAGGAUGGAAAUGCCCAGGGAGCUUCAACGGUUUGCAGCAUGAUGCUAGAAAAUAAUGUUAUUCCUGAUGUAAUUUCAUAUACCAAACUCAUAUCAGCCUAUUGUCAGACAGGACAUAUGCACAAUGCUCGGUUCUGGUUUCAUGAUAUGGUUCAACGAGGACUUUCUGUUGAUGUUAUUGUAUACACUGUACUAAUGAAUGGUUACUGCAAGGUUGGCCAGAUGGAAGAAGCUUGCAAAUUGUUUGAUCAGAUGACAAGUUUAGGUAUUAAGCCUGACGUAAUUGCAUAUACUGCGCUACUGGAUGGUCACCUAAAAGAGUACCUGCAGCGGUGCUGGCAGGGUGUUAGUAAGGAGAGAAGGAUCUAUCUUCUUAGAACAAAGCAGAACAGGUUGCUCAGCUCUAUGAAAAGAAUGGAAAUCGAACCUGAUGUACCCUUUUACACCGUAUUGAUAGAUGGGCACUGCAAAGCCGGUGAUUUUGAGAAAGCCCGGGGAGAAUUUGAUGAAGUGUUGCAGAAAGGGCUGACUCCUGAUCAAUAUGUAUACAUAGCUCUUAUAAGUGGAUAUUGCUGCCAGGGCGAAAUAGAGAAGGCACAAGAUCUUUUUGAAGAAAUGGUAGACAGGGGAAUAAAACCAGAUGUACUGGCCUUUUCUGUAUUAAAUCGGAAAACCUUGAGGGAAAGGCAGUAUCAGUGACAUGUAUGAUUUCGCUGCAGUUAUAUCCACUGAAAUCACGCCAGUGAGACAGUUGUAGGGUGGGUCUUCUUGAGCUGCAGAAUCCAGCACACAGGAAGCAAUGGUCAUCACAUGUUGAUGCCAAGGUCUGCUACUUGAAUGUAUUAGCUGCAUUUCUUCUGCUAUAUAGCAAGAGGAUGAAAAAUAUUGGUGUCUGUUGUGAGCUGGAUCAAAGGAGGGACCCCAAUUACUGACUGCAUCAGGCGACCAAACUGUAAAGAUAUGGAGCGUGGAGAAUAAGAAAUGCCUUGGUGUGCUAUCAGGACACACUGGAAGUGUGAAGUCACUGUCAUGCCAUUCUUCAAAUCCUGAUCUUAUUGUUUCUGGUUCAAGAUACGGUUCUUUUGCACUUUGGGAUCUAAGAUGUGACCCCAAAACCCCAAAUGGUCAUGGUGAAGCAUGCCUCAUAUCUUCUGCUAUUUUGAAAGAAGCGCACAGUCCCACUCGAAGGAAGGGGACAAGGUCUUGAGCAAAGCGAGCUUCGACGAGCAUCAGAUCAGUUGUGUAUCUGAAAAACGAUAUCUCUGUUGCUACUUCUGGCGCUGCAGACAACGUUGUGAAAUUUUGGGAUACGAGGAACCUUAAAGUGCCUGUCUCCAACAAAACCUAUCAAUCAACAGGACAACCUUUGAAAAGGGGGUGACACAUGUGAUCUCUUGCUUGUCUCAAGACUCAUAUGGUGCUUAUAUUGCUGCGUCAUGCAUGGAUCACAGGAUCUAUCUGUAUAUUACUCUCCACAUGGACAAGGGUCCAAUAAAGACUUACACUGGCAGCGAAAUUGAGUCUUUUUUUUGUCAAACAAG